AUGCUUUCGGGCGAGCCCCUGCCCGUGGAAAAGAGCAAAGGUGCCGAGGUCUUUGCCGGCACCCUGAACCAAAAGGGCAGCUUUAAAUUUACCGCGAAAAAGGUGGAUAAGAUUGCCGGCAUUUUUGUCCCGGUGGUAAUGAGCAUCGCCCUCCUAACCUUUAUUGUCUGGAUGGUAGCGGGCGGCACGGAUGCCCUUACGCAUGCGCUUUUAACUUCAGUUUCGGUUUUGGUUAUUGCCUGUCCCUGUGCGCUGGGGCUGGCCACGCCCACGGCCAUAAUGGUGGGCAUUGGCAAGGGAGCCGAAAACAAUAUUCUCAUUAAAGAUGCCGAGAGCCUGGAACGGGCGCAUAAAACCAAUGCCAUCGUGCUCGACAAAACGGGUACUAUUACCCAGGGAAAACCCACCGUUGCCCAUUGGCUGUGGAAGGAGGAAAACAAGCAUCAUCAGGAGGUACUCCUCGCCCUGGAGGCGCAUUCUGAACAUCCUCUGGCCGAAGCUAUCGUUGCCAGGCUUAAAGCCGAUGGCGUAAAACCCGCAGCCAUUCAAACGUUUAAAAGCCACACCGGCAUGGGUGCAGAGGCCUUGUUGGCCAGUGGAGAAAGGUACUUCAUAGGCAAUAAACGGCUGCUGGAAGAUAGAAAUAUCGCUUUGACAAAUGCUCAGGUUGAGCAAGCCAGCCUUUGGGCCCAUGAGGGUAAAACGGUGGUUUACUUUGGCAGCGAAAGGCAGGUACUGGCUUUAUUGGCUAUAGCCGAUGAAAUUAAGGACAGUUCUGCCGCAGCCAUCAAUACCCUCCAGCAGCGCGGUAUUCAGGUUUAUAUGCUUACGGGCGAUAACGAGCAAACCGCACGGGCCGUGGCCGAGCAAGUGGGCAUCCCACAUUUUAAGGCAGAGGCAAUGCCCUCUGAAAAGGCCGAUUUUGUAAAGGCUUUGCAGGCGCGCGGCAAAGUCGUGGCCAUGGUUGGCGAUGGUAUUAAUGAUUCACAGGCCCUGGCUCAGGCCGAUGUGAGUAUUGCUAUGGGCCAAGGUUCUGACAUUGCCAUGGACGUGGCCAAAAUUACGCUCAUCUCGUCCAACCUGCAGGCCAUUCCCAAGGCUUUAAGGCUUUCCAGCAAAACGGUAAAGGGCAUAAGGCAAAACUUGUUCUGGGCGUUUAUCUACAAUAUUAUUGGUAUUCCCAUUGCAGCCGGGGUGCUGUACGCCUACAACGGCUUUUUGCUCGACCCUAUGAUUGCCGCGGCUGCCAUGGCCUUCAGCUCGGUAUCGGUGGUAGCCAAUAGUUUGCGGUUGAAAGCCGCCAAACUUUAA